AUGAGAAACACUUGUUGGGUAUGCGAUGACAUGGAAAUAUUAUUCAAGGAAUCCUGGAAAGAAUUGAAGAAUUAUGACAUCACAGGUAACUAUGACAUCAUAAACACUUCGAAACACCAUACCAUCUUAUAUUCACAGAUUUUUGGUCGUCGAUUAAAACAUCUUGGGACACGAACUCACCACUUGGUGGGGAUGCAGGAAAGUUUGUUGAAGUUUUCCGAUGAAGAAGUUCCCGAUACAAAAUCGUUGAAGCAUGAAAAGUCCUCGUUCGUUGUUCGAAGGAGUGAUGGUGAAUAUAUCCCCGUCCACGUUUGCCCCACCUGCCUCGACCAUGUAUCGUACAACGCCCUCAACCCCACCCACGUUACCCCCGUGUCGGAACUCGUCACCCACCUCACUGCGAUGCUUUACGUCAACGCGAGUCAACCCAGUGAUGCCAGUUCCUCCGAUGAAACCGAUGUUGCGCAACACUGCACCACUGUGGUGGUAACUGAUGACAACGCACCCCCUGUUGCCGUGGAGAGGGGCUCGACGACAAUGGUCAUUGUUACCGACGACGAGCCGAGGUUUACGAGAAAAAAGAAGAUUUUGUCAAAUAUUGCGGUUGUGGAGGAUGGGGUAGUUGGGGGUGGUGGGGUUGAUGGGGGUGAUGGGGUAGUUGGGGGUGGUGGGGUUGAUGAGGGUGGUGGGGUUGAUGGGGGUGGUGGGGUUGAUGGGGGUGGUGGGGUUGAUGGGGUAGACAGUGGGGUGCGGGAAGAUCAAGAUGUUGGAAAGUCAAAGAUUUUGCUCAAAUUGAGGAAAACUCCAAAGAAAACGAAAGUAAAGAACGAAUACGUUGCUAUGUUGCCCGAUGAUGUCAUCAAUGGUGAUGUCAUUAAGGGUCAAAGUUCAUCCGAUGAAUGGGGAACCCCCCCAACAUCACCCAAGUAUGCCAAUCAACCAUGUGAAACGAAACCACCCAACCACGACCAUCCCAUCGAAACGCUGCUAAACUUAAUUGACAACAAAAGUCUCGACGUUUUGGAACGAAUUUUGUUUUCACCCAUGGUGUGCCAACUUACCCCGCAACAAUUUAUCGACAAAAUUCAACAUUUUAACGGAGAUCGGCGGAAGUUAAAACAUGGAAACAAUAUUACCCCUUCAAAGGGGAAAUCCCCCGACUCAAUACUGGAUUCCCCGGAAGUGGUACGUGGGGUAACCCCCUCAAAUGAGAACCAACCCAUGGGGUUAAGUUUGAGCGACGACGAAUUCCAAGGAAGUCCCGAGUCGCCCCGGGAUGAGUUGGCAAAUAUCAACCAAUCUAGUGACGCGAAUAUUGACGAACCACAGAAAUCUUAUAAACGGAACAAAUUAUUGAAACAAACGGCGUUAAACGGAGAAUAUUGGAAUUCGUUCGUUGGAUUGGAUGGGAGUCGUAACUUACGUGAUCGUGGCAAGUGUCAAGUUGCCACCGAGGUAACAUGUGAGGAUGAUAAUGUUACAACCUCCACAUGUGAUGUAACAAUAGCUCCCGGCACCAAACGUAAGAACCUCGGAUUCGUCGAAUACAACCCACCUUCUGAUGAAACAAUCACCAAUUCACUUCCAUUGUUACGUCAUAAUGAGGAAUCGUCUGAAGUGAUUCGUUCGUUGUUCACCAGCCAUGUUGAUUUACAUCGAGUGCGAGGAUGGAUGUUGGACGGAACGCAGUCGUCGCCUCGUUCGUUCGUGUUUCCAACUAUGAGGAUGAGGGUCAAGGGGUCAAGACUACGACGAACGACACCAACCUCAAGAUCGCGAGGAUCGAGCGUUUCAACCGAAGAAACAGCGAGUCGGCAGAAAGUUACAAAGCAAGAAAAACCGAAACCUGAUUAUUCACGCAUGAGCGAUUUCGAAGAUAUUCGUCGCAAACUAUUUCUUCAACGACAUCCAGGAUAUCCACAUGGUGGCAGUAGUGGGUUGGUAAGGAUCAACGAGGGGUUAGCCACACAGGGGGAUUCCCCAGUGAUGUCAUCAAAGUUUAUAGAAAUCCCCCCAACCCCCAAACGAAGACGGGUAAUUCCCCGAUGUAAAACCCCACCUUCCGACUACGAGGGGGAAUUUCCGGUAAUGUCAUUCGGGGAACCCCCACCCAAUGACGUCGGACCCUCAAAGGGGGAAACCCCACGUAUGACAUCACUUAGGGGUCGCACAAUCAAACCCCCUCCAACCCCCAACAAGGGGGGCGGCGUUCGUCGAUUCGUGCACCGACAUUCGAGCAUGGGGUCCUUCAUCAAACGCGUCAUCGAGUCGGGCGUGUAUGAAUAAACAUUGUGACGUCACUAGCGUUAUUUUCGUUUCAAUAAAACAUGAGUUGAUGA